UCAGUUCAGACGACUAUCGAUCGAGACAUAUACAUACCUAUAUGCAUAUACAUUAUCCAACAUGAUUCAACAAAAUUUCAAACUACUUAUUUUGUUCAGUUUUUGUUUCAACUUCUACCACCUACAACCGGUUGAGUUCGCUGCCGAGAACGGUCUGCUGGUGGAGGAUGACCUGGACUGGAGUCGGGCCAACUGGCAUUUGGUGAUCCCGUGGCUGUUGCAACGCCAGCAGUUGCGCCUCUGUGUGGCAGUUGCCAGAUUCGAUGAGACGCUGGUGGCCGGAACGGCCUGCGAGGAAUUAUUGUCCGAUGGAUUCCUGAUGGCCAACUGCGACAUUGGUAACAUUGAGGAUAUUACUAUGACCAUGCGCGGAGCCUUUGGCGGAACGCUGUUGGACACGUUUCGAAAAUGUCGGCCUGGCCUGGAGCUUUUCGGGAUUCGUUGCAGGCGAAGGGCGUGAAAAGAAACCGCAAGUGUUGCAACAAAAAUAUUGCAUUUUCCAAAGAGAAGUUUAAUUUUUGCGACAAAGUUUCAAAGCGUUCUAAAAUAUAUCACAUAUUUAAUAUAAUAGUGCUGAAGCCAUUAAAGUAUUUGGGAAUAAAUGUACUUUCUAAGUAA